AGCGGCACACCGGAGCCGCACCCGGAGUUGCACCCGGCGACUGUCCCGGUCCGGGCUUGGCACGGCCCCACUCCGCUAAGAUCCGCUCGCCCCACUAAGGCUGGCAUAACCCUAAAACUUUCCGCGCACUUUUUGCAAAACCCAUGCAAUUGGACUCGUCGGUCGCUGCCGUAUUUAACCAAACCGACAACCACCAGAGGCGCAGGAUAUCAACCUCUUUGCGUCCCAAACAAUCACGGUCAAUCUCUGCCGAUCCAAACAGAAACAAUGGCCCCCAUCGCAAAGAAGUCCGGCGCCAAGAAGGGCCCCAAGGUGACGAAGAAGUUCGUCAUCAACGCCUCGCAGCCGGCCAGCGACAAGAUCUUCGACGUCUCGGCCUUCGAGAAGUUCCUGAACGAGAAGAUCAAGGUUGACGGUCGCGUCGGCAACCUCGGCGAGACCAUCAAGAUCUCCCAGCAGGGCGAGGGCAAGAUUGAGAUCAUCGCCCACAAUGACCUCUCUGGUCGGUACCUGAAGUACCUGACCAAGAAGUUCCUCAAGAAGAUGCAGCUCCGUGACUGGCUGCGGGUCGUCUCGACCUCCAAGGGCGUCUACGAGCUCAAGUUCUUCAACGUCGUUAACGACGAGGCGGAGGAGGACGAGGACUAAUCGGGUCAGCCAUCUGUUUGGAGUUCUCGGGGAUCAUCUAGCAGAGAUACCAAAAAGGAUACCAGGACGGCCGUGCUUAGCGGGACAAUGGGUCAAUAAAAGACACAGAC